CCACUCGUGACGUCAUUGACAAGCGACCGGCUACCACUUGCCACAUACUCCCUCCAGCCGGCGCGUAUCUGGUAUCCUGAAGAUGGCAGUUGCUCGAGAAAAGGAAUUAAUUUGAUGUAUUUAUCCGCACGUAUGGAAUUUUGAAUGUGCUUACGACAACUAUUCCAUAUUUGCUGAUAUGAGGAAAUGGGUGGGCGUGAGGAAAAUGGAGUAGAGCCGUCCGAAAGGCCAAUUUUGGUCCCACUAACAGAUGGCCUAAUGAGACCAAGACUCUGAGGACAAUCUGCAUCAUGGCCAGGAUCAGCUUGUCGUGCCUUUUCCCAGCUUCCUGGCAUUUCAGCCUGUCGUUCCAGAUGCUUCCACGCCUCUUGCUCCCUUCAUUCAGGCAGCUGUUCCUCUUCGGCCUGCUCCUCUUCCUACUUGGAACCCUUUACCUGUUUCUUGUCAUUGGGAAGUUGCCUACCAGCUGGAUCACGAAGGAAAACCACUUCCACAGGCACCUGGUCCGGGUGACCGACGUGGACGCGACAGAUACCAGCAACCCCCACCUAAACUACGGGCUGGUCGUGGAUUGCGGCAGCAGCGGCUCCCGGGUGUACGUGUACUGCUGGCCCAGGCACAACGGCAAUCCCCUCGAACUCCUGGAUAUUCGGCAAAUGAGAGAUCAAAACCGGAAGUCCGUGGUGAUGAAGAUCAAGCCAGGAAUAUCUGAGCUGGCUACAACACCAGAGAAGGCCAGCGAUUACAUCCAUCCCCUGCUGAGCUUUGCAGCUGAACAUGUUCCCAAAAACAAGCACAUAGAAACCCCGCUCUACAUUCUAUGCACAGCUGGAAUGAGAAUUCUGCCUGUCAGUCAGCAGGAGGCUAUACUGGAAGAUCUUCGAACAGACAUCCCGGUCCACUUCAACUUCCUUUUCUCAGAUUCUCAUGUAGAAGUGAUUUCAGGAAAACAGGAAGGUGUCUAUGCAUGGAUCGGCAUAAACUUUGUCCUAGGAAGGUUUAACCAUGCACUCGAUGACGGAGAGGCGGUGGUGGAGAUUAAUGUCCCGAGCAGUGACCAGCAGGAGGCGCUGGUGAGAAAAAGGACUGCAGGUGUUUUGGACAUGGGCGGAGUUUCCACACAGAUCGCAUUUGAAUUGCCCAAAACUGUCAGCUUUACCUCUCCACAGCAGGAGGAAGCAGCCAAAAACUUACUGGCAGAGUUUAAUUUGGGGUGUGACGCCCAUCGCACCGACCACGUGUACCGUGUGUAUGUCUCUACCUUCCUGGAUUUUGGAGGAAAUGCGGCGCACAGAAGAUACACGGAGAGCCUUAUGGGAAACACCGGACUCCGAAAUAAGGUGUUAGGUCAGCACGUUGGGGAGACGGCAGAGUCCCCCCUCCUUGACCCGUGUCUCCCCGCGGACCUGGAUGACGAGAUCAGUUGGUCUUCACAGAUGCUCCACCUGCGAGGCACUGGGGACUUUGACCAAUGCAGACGGGUUCUACAGCCUCUCCUCAACCGCACAAACGAGAACCAAACCUCCCUAAGCGGCGUCUACCAGCCAACCGUCGACUUCGGCAACAGCCAGUUCUUCGGUUUCUCUGAGUUCUACUACUGCACCGAGGACGUUCUACGCAUGGGCGGAGACUAUAAUGCUUCCAAGUAUGCUCAAGCUGCCAAGAAUUACUGCGCCACUCCGUGGAAGACUCUGAGUGAGCGCUUCGAUUCCGGCUUGUACGCCUUUCACGCUGACCUCCACAGACUCAAGAACCAGUGUUUCAAAUCCGCAUGGAUGUAUGAAGUAUUACACUCAGGUUUCUCCUUCCCUACCGACUACAAAAACCUGAAAACUGCAUCUUCGGUCUACGAUAAGGAGGUCCAGUGGACUCUCGGAGCUAUUCUCUUCCGAACACGUUUUCUGCCUUUGAGGGACAUCCAACAAGAAAGUCUGAAAGGUGUGCACUAUCAAUGGCGGCACAGCUUCUCCUUCACCAACAACCACUACUUACUCCUGGUCUGCGUCUUCAUCGUCCUCCUCUCCAUCGUGCUCUACUUACUGCGACUUCGCCGAAUACACCGGCGUCCCCCACAGCGCUGCUCGCCUUCGUCCGUGCCGUGGCUGGAGGACGGCUUCGGAUCGCCCACGCUCCCCAUCAUUCUCUAAACCAGUGGUUCUCAAACUUUUUAUCACCAGGUACCACCCCAGAACAUACUUGGCUCUCCAAAUACCGCUAUCAUCCCAUACGUUAAAAAUACAGUAGUGUAGUAGGCCUAAGUAUCCAUUAAAACAAAGCAGAGGUUUCAUUUAACAAGUAUAUUUAUGGUAUUUUCCGGACUAUAAGCCGCACCCACUACAUUUUAGAAGAAAAAAUAUGUUUCCAAAUAUUAGUCGUAGAUAUAAACGUUGAGAAAUUAGUUAUUUGCAAAGAAAUAUUUUGUAAAUGUUGUACAUACCUUAAUUGUUUUCAAACGGUGUCUGUAAACAUGGCAGUAAAACGGCUGAUCAAACAAAACAGAAGUCAUCGUCAUUGGCCAACUAGCUGCGCAAGCUAGCUCUCCAAUCAGCUAAACAGACUAAGUAACUCCACGGUGACAUUUUGGUGAAUUUACUGAGGAAUUUGUGAAACUGAACCAAUACAAAAAGAAUGCCAUUGUAAGUUAAUAAUAGCAACACAGACACUCGUAAACGUGUUAGCGUAUUAAUUAAUGCCAACGACGCUUGCAUCCUUACAUAAAGAUAGCACGUACAAAUACGCAUGAAGACUCUCCUACAGACAUUUAGUAAGUAUAAACAAUUUUUGUUAUAUUGUUACAACUAGAAACGUUGCUUGGAGUGAUGAAUUAGGAAUCCGUACGAGUAGAAACGCUACGGAUGGCUAUAAAGACGGAAGGGUACAUCCGGUUCAUAGCUUUAAACAGCAGGAAACACUGUGUAGACGUUCACCCAACAGCACCUGCAGUGAUCGACCGAUUCCAAAAGAUGGCGCCAUAGCACAAACAAUAACACACCAUGUCAACGUAUUUGCGUGGGUUUUCUAAAAAGUAUUUGUAAUGAAGAAAAAUCUGUCAAUUAGCCUGCAAAGCGCAGGAAAAAAGUAGCGGCUCAUAGUCCGGAAUUUACGGUCGCACUUUGGCCACUGUAACAUCACACGCAGUUUGAACGGUAACACUGUGUCUGAAUGUCGAAUUGGUUCUUUGGCGUACCAUUGAUUGAUUGAUUGAUUGAGACUUUUAUUAGGUUGCACAGUGAAAUACAUAUUCCGUACAAUUGACUACUAAAUGGUAACACACCAAUACGUUUUUCAACUUGUUUAAGUCGGGGUCCACUUAAAUGGAUUCAUGAUACAGAUAUAUACUAUCAGAUAUAUACUAUCAUCAUAAUACAGUCAUCACACAAGAUAAUCAUCAGGGUAUAUACAUUGAAUUAUUUACAUUAUUUACCACCACAGGUUGAGACUCACUGCUUUCCACUACAGCUCCGCGUCGCUUCUUCAAGAGUGUUCUACACAAAUGUGAGCGAGGGGUCUCGGGCAGAAGGUCUGUUUGACUUACUUUCGCUCAUUUUCCCAUAAAAGAGCAACUCUCUACAAAAGUUGUCCGUAUUACGUUUGUAGGCGUCUUUUCUGACGUGGGCAUUCGCCUCCUGCCUUUUCAGGAGCACUUUUUUUUUUUUUUUUUUAAAGCUGCAAAUGAGCACUUGUCCUUUCUACGUGCACCACAGGACGUCAUGAUAAUAAUAAUAAUAAUGCUGGUACUGUUUAUGUUCUGACCAUAUAUUGUGCAAUACCUGUCUUGUCACUGGACUCCUCGGUCUGGACUGCCAUUCUCGCUCACACACUUUUUUGUCCUCUUGCCAAGCAUCGGGUGCUUGUGCGACUUUACAAUGUGCUUCGUUUUCGGAAGCUCUCAUGUGUGUGUGUGUGUGUGUGUGUGUGUGUGUGUGUGUGUGUGUGUGUGUGUGUGUGUGUGUGUUCUUGUAUUUCUACCCUUCUUGAGACAUCAACAAGGAAAAGUACCUUCCAUAUGAGGACCGGUGAACAAGUUAGGACAUAAAUCAUGGUCCCAAUACGGACAACCAUUGCAUCUAUUAGAGAGUCAAAUACUAGAGUCCGUGAACAUUGCUCCAAAGUCAGGAUUUUUGGUUGAUUUAAUGUGCAUACAAAAGUAAACAUUGACAGGUGCAAAGGCAGCAAUAUAUGAUAAAACAAGACGGCAGAUAAAGAAGGACUUCCCUAUUCAUCCACGAAACAACCCGCCAGGUGAACAACUGAUUUUACGACUCCUGGUACUGACGUAAGACAACCCACUUCCCAUAUGUGACCAUUGGAUGAACAAAUACACUACGGUACUAAGACUAUAGUGGCCAUUAACAGUUAGCGUCUACAGCUGGGUUGCCCAAAGUGCGGCACAGGGGCCAUCUGUGGUCCGUGACUCCUUUGUCAUCGACCUUAAGCACAUUACAAAUAACAAAAAAUAGAGAUCUCAUUUGCACUCAUUUGGUGGUGAAAUCUAUCAAAAUGAGGGUGGUCCCAAAAAGGAGGGAUUUUUUAAAUUGACUCUGUGUCUCUUUUAAAAGUGCUCCCCCUUUGGUCAACAUAUGAAAUAACAAGUGUGUGUAAAAAUUUGAAGUGCUCCCCCUCUGGCCAACAUAUGUAAUAACAAGUGUGUGUAAGAAAUUGAAAUGCCCCCCUUUGGCCAAAAUGUAUUUAAAAAAUAUGUAUAUAGAGGCAUACUGUAAUAACUUUAAGUAAAUAAUGAAGACUAUAAACCCAUCCAGCCAUCCAUUUGCUACCGCUUAUUCCCUUUGGGGUCGCGGGGGGUGCUGGAGCCUAUCUCAGCUACAAUCGGGCGGAAGGCGGAGUACACCCUGGACAAGUCGCCAUCUCAUCGCAGAAGACUAUAAACAAAUUACAAAAAAAAAAUAAUAUUAACUAAAAGCUUGCCUUUUUCAUAUUUGCAUAGUAUGUAUAUAUUAUUAAUGUUGUAAAUACAAAUCUUUAUAUAUCUAGAAAGGGUGGUCCUAAAGAGGUAGGCAUUUUUUGGAGGUCUCAAGAAGGUAACAAAUACAAGAUUGUGUGCGUGUGCGUGUUCUUGUAUGUCUGCCCUUCUUGAGACAUCAACAAGGAAAACUACCUUCCAUAUGAGGACCGGUGAACAAGUUAGGACCUAAGUCAUGGUCCCAAUACGGAAAACCAUUGCAUCUAAUAGAGAAUGUCUCAUUUGCACCCCUGGUGGUGAAAUCUAUCAAAAUUAGGGUGGUCCCAAAAAGGAGUGAUUUUUCAAAUUGACUGUCUGUUUUAAAAGUGCUCCCCCUCUGGUCAACAUAUGAAAUAACAAGUGUGUGUAAGAAAUUAAAAUGUCCCCUCUUGGCCAAAAUUUAUUUAAAAAAAAUUAAAAGAAUAUGUAUAUAGAGACAUACUGUAAUAAUGAAGUAAAUAAUGAUUUAAAAAACAAUUACAAAAAAAUAAAUAUGAACUAAAAGCUUAACUUUUUAAAAUUUACAUGGUAUGUAUGUAAUAUUAAUGUUGUAAAUACAAAUCUUUAUAUAUCUAGGAAGGGUAGUCCUAAAGAGGUAGGAAUUUUUCGUAGGUCUCAAGAAGGUAAGAAAUACAAGAAUGUGUGUGUGUGUGAGAGGAUACAGAGUUGAUAUAAUGCAAUGUUUGCACAGUGUUGUCACAUUGCAAUAAGUCAUAAUAAAGCUUUUAUGGAUUACAAAGAUUGUUCAUUUUAAACAUUUGUUCACUCCCUGUUCUCAAUUUGUAACCAUUU